GGGCUCGGCUGGGAGCCUUCUACACAGCGCCGUAAGCCCGCACUUCCCUCAGCACCGCAGGUUCGAAUCCCGCGUUCCCCGACUGUGCCUCGCUGAGCUUAGAUGACAAGCCUGGCAUGGUCAGCAGGCAGUGACUGCUCUGGGAGUCAUGGCAAGUAAGAAGUACAAGAGAAAAAGCCUUUUCCUGCUGCAGGUAGCUGCUCUUAGCUCCCGGAAUACAGAAUAACUGUGGAUGGAAGAAGAGUUUGUGGCAGCACAGGAAUAAGUGAAGUCAAGGUCAAAGUUGGCAGCUGAUAGAAGCAGAUGUUCGAGCAAGAAAUGGAUGAGACCAGCAACCAAAUGUAUUUCCUCUUCAUUGUCUGUUUUCAGGCUUGCAUGAGUUUGUGAUUAGGUGACACAAAGCUAGUGCAUAGGAAGCUGUACAGAUCCCCAAACACCCUUAGGAUUCAAGCAUUAAUCUUUCUGUGUUGUUUUCUGUUGGUGAGAGGAAUGAGCUGCACCCACAUGCGUGUGCUGGAGUAGCAGCAAAGCUCCAGUGGAGGUGAAUGGAAAAGAUUGGUAAUGGGCACAGAGCAGAAAACCCCAUAUAUAUUCUGCUCAGCUGCAUCACGCUGUCAUAGCUCCUCUUGGGUGUGGGAUAGGAGGUGUUUUUGACAUUGAGCAGUGCUGUGGGAAUUGAUCUGCCUCUGAUUUGCUGAGUAGGGAAGUGCAACAGAAAGAAAAACAAGAGCUUUCUUUUAAAGCAUGUGCAGUUCUUACAUAGCAUUACGCACUGAAUAUCUCCCCAAAAGUAAUUAAAAAACCAAUAUUUUAAUAACUGAAGUAUCCCAGUGAAUAAAAGCCAGUUGUUUUGGUUGCCCUCAUUCUCUCUGUUCCAGCAAUACAGGCACUGCUCUUACAGCUUUAAGAGUUAUCUGGAGAUGCAGCCAGGCACCAAAACAGAACAAAAUAUGACGCAGAGAUGUCUGUCAUGUUGUGUUUUCACAGAAAUCAGUCUAUGUGAUGACUUCUCCACCCUGUAAUUCAGCCUCUUUUUGUCCCAGGAUAAUUUAAACAUUCGUCUUGGUCAGCUCUGUGCGGAGACAGAGUACAGCACAAGUUUAUAAGGUUGUGAGCAUGAGUUUAUCUAAAUACAAGGCUUUGUUAUUUCUAAACUUUAUAAGACCUAAGUCUUAUAAAGUGGGGCCACUAAAUCUAUCCAUCUCCUCCUUAGUUCUGAUUCAUACAGGUAACUCCCAGUUACCUAGUUCUAAAUACUCCCCCACUAGCUAUGCUCUUUGGUGUGUUAGAAUCUAUUCUCAUCUUUGUGGGCCAUGUAAUUAGAACACUUUCUCAAUCAUUUUCAUCGGCUUCCCUGUGAGAAUGAUGUGAUUUGAAGGUCAGCUUUUCUGCAGACCCACUUGUGCUGGAAGAAAUUCUGCGUGCCACUGCAAAGUGAGGCUGGGAUUCCUCAGUGUUCGCCAGCACAGGGAAGAACUUAUUUUCCAACAUCUGGGUGAGAUAUUAAACAACAAAUGUCUGCACUUCCUACCAAAGAAACUUAGGAACUCUGCAUUCUCACUUCAUAACAGCCACUAUGAAGAGGAUUAUAAAUUGAAUGCAGAUGAGGUGCUGAUGUGCCGGGGAGCAGCGGUGGGGAGAGCCAUAGAUUGGCCUAAAGGAGGUGGGGACCCGGUGUGGUGUCCCUGAGCAGCAGCUGGACGUCCCUGAGCUGAGCAUGCCUGAGCCGACGUCGCACAGCACGGAAAAGAAGCGUGAGAAAAGUGCAGAGAAGGUGGGAGCAAAGGGCAGCGCCGCGGUGCCUGCAGUCCCCAAGAGCCUCCCCGUGAAAGCAAAAGUGGAGCCCCACAGCCUGGACCCCACGGAGGAGCCACUCAUCUGGGAAGGGCUCACCCUCAACAAGUGCAUCCUGGUGGCCUCCAUCGUCGCCCUGCUCAGCGUCAGCUUCCAGGUGCUCCAAGCUCCACCAUGCCCCAGGGACGGUGUCAGCAGUGGCAAGCAAGAGCCCCCAGCAGCUCCCAUCCAUGAGGUCAUUAUCCCCAAGGAGGAGGUCCCAGAGGUGGUGGCUCCACAGCCUGUCCCGCCUGAGAGCAGCAUACCGGAGGAUGAUGAUGGUGACGAUGAUAGUGACGAUGAUGACGAAGCGGACAGCAACCUGGCCGAGCCCUGGAUCUUCAAGAAGUGGUUUGGCCGCUCGGAGCCGGGACGUGAGGAAGAGCCUGGAGAAGAGGAGGAAGAGCCCACAGAGAAACCUCAGGAGCCAACAGCCAAAGUGGAGCUGAGGAAGGUCCAGGAGAAACCACGGGGCCCAGAGAAGAAAGAGGAGAAGACUCGAGGUCCGGAGAAGGAGGAGAAAACUCGAGGCCCAGAGAAGGAGGAAAGAAAGGAGGAGAAGGAGGAAGAGAAGAAGGAGGAGAAGGAAGAGAGGAGAGAGAAGAAGGAGGAGAAGGAAGAGAAGAAAGAAAAGAAGGAGGAGAAGAAGGAAGAAAAGAAAGAAGAGAAGAAGGAAAAGAAGGAGGAGGAGAAGGAGGAGGAGGAGGAGGAGGAGGAGGAGGAAGAGGAGAAGGAAGAGAAGAAGGAGGAGAGACCGCGUGGCCCAAAGAAGGAGGAGAGGCCCAAGGAGGGCCGCGCAGCCCCAGCAGAGAGGAGCAGCCGUCGGGAGCCGCGUCCCAAGGACAGGAGUCCUGAGGAGAAGCCCCCCAGAGCCCCCCGGGCGCACAGGGAGCCCGAGCAGCAGCAACACAAGAAGAGACGCCGUGAGGGGAAGGAGAGCCGGUGGGAGAAGGAUGAGCAGCGCAGGGAUGGCAGCAAGGGCAGAGCGGGCAGAGCCGAGCGGCAGGAGAGCGGCCGGAGGAACUGGGGGCUGCCACGGGGCGAGCAGCGGGGCAGGAGGGCCGGGGAGCCAGCGGGGAGGGACAGGGCGCGAGAGGGCCGGCGGCGUGACUGAAGGCUGCGAGGGACCGACUGGGCCCGGCCCCACGGAUACACGGCCACCAUCUGUCUGCUGGACCCCCCUGCUGCCACCAUGCCUUCAGCCUUUGUCCCCAUAGCCAGAGUGGCUGCAAGCAAAGUGGGGACACUGGGGUCCUGCUGUACCCAUGGGACAUUGGGACCUGCUGUGCCAAUGGAGACAUUGGGGUCCUGCUCUGCUGAUGGGGACACUGGGAUCUGCUGUGCCCAUGGAGACAAAGGGGCACUGCUGUGCUGAUGGGGACACUGGGGUCUGCUGUGCCCAUUGAGACAUUGGGGUCCUGCUCUGAUGAUGGGAUUCAUCUGUGCCCACGAGUGACUGAGUCCUGCUGUUCCCGUGGUGACACUGAGCUCUGCUUUGCCAACGGGGACGUUGGGGUCCUGCCAUGCCUGUGGGGACAUUGGCCACCCAGCCCAGCAUGAGCCUCUGUGGGGACUCUAGGACUCCCCAGGAUGAAGGCAGCCCAUAGGGAGCAUGGAAAUGAGCUCUGCUCCCCCUGGGCUUCGUGCCACCCUCCAUCCCCAGCUGCAGCAGCAGCUCAUUGUCUUCCAUGCUGACACCUAAGGAGCAAGGAUGCACUCCCGGCAAACAGAGGGGUCUGCAGCCCUGGUAGCUCUUUAAUUCAGUGAAUGAUUUUAUUGAAAAAACAAAUCAAAGAGAGAAGUGCAUUCUGGGUGAAGGAAGCCAGGCUGCCCUUGGAGCGUGGACACGUGGCCCCAGUGCAGGAGGCCCAAAGCUUCAGAACCAGAGCUCAGGUCCUGCCCCGCAGAGCUGCUUUUAGGGAGAAAGCACACGAGCAUCACCACACAGUGCUGCAGCAACUGCAGGAGACUCCAACUGCAGCGGGUUUGAGUAUUCGCUAAAGCAGUAGUGGUUAAAACAAACCGAUGUUCAUUUUUAAGAAGGUAUUAAAUGUCUUAAAA